AUGCUUGCAGUAGUGUUUGUUGCCCGUUUCCAGUUCAACGCUGCCUCUUUCCUGCAGGCGGGACAAGCAUUUAGGAAGUUUCUGCCUCUCUUUGCCCAGGUACUGGUGGAAAGGAGUGCCACAGAAACUGUCACCAAAGGAGGCAUUAUGCUCCCGGAGAAGUCCCAAGGCAAAGUGUUGCAGGCGACAGUAGUGGCUGUGGGAUCGGGCUCUAAAGGAAAGGUUGGUGAGAUUUCGCCAGUUAGUGUGAAAGUUGGAGAUAAAGUUCUUCUUCCAGAAUAUGGAGGCACCAAAGUAGUUCUAGAUGAUAAGGAUUAUUUUCUAUUUAGAGAUGGUGACAUUCUUGGAAAAUAUGUAGAUUGA